AUGGGCUCCUCGCAGGCACCCCAGAUGGGGCGUGUGGGAGGGCGAGGAAUGAUGGCACUGCUGCUGGCUGCGCUCCUCCUGCCAGGGGCCUUGGCUAAGAGCAUCGGGACCUUCUCAGACCCCUGCAAGGGUGUGCGUAUCACCUCCCCCAGCGACCCCUGUUUCACUGGGAAGAGUGGUUCCAGUAGCUUCAGUGGCCACAGUAGCUCCAGCAGUUCCAGCAGCUCCAUUUCCAGUUCCAGUGGCUCCAGCAGUGGCUCUUCUGGUGGCUCCAGUGGUUCUGGUGGCCCCAGUGGUUCUGGUGGCUCCAGUGGUGGCGCCAGUGUCUCCGGUGUCGCCCAGGGUGGUUCUUCAGGAUCUUCGUUAUUUAAGCCAGGAACAGGGUAUUCCCAGAUCAGCUACUCCUCCGGAUCCAGCAGCUCCCAGUCAGGAAGCAGCAGCUCCCAAUAUGGAAGCAGCAGCUCUUCCCAGUCUGGAGGCGGCUCAAGCUCAUCUGUUUCCCAAAGCUCUUGGAUAUCCAGCAGCAAUGGCCAAAGGGUCAACUCUAACUUACGCCCCUGUAAUUCAGAUGUCUCUGACUCUCCCUGCAGUGGGGGGCCUAUUGUCUCCCACUCUGGCUCCUACAUCUCCAGCUCCCACUCUGUGUCAGGAGGUCAAAGGCCAGUGGUGGUGGUGGUGGAACAGCACGGCUCUGGUGGCCCUGGAGGGGUCCAGGGUGCCCCCUGCAACAGUGGUGGCCUUCCAGGAAAGCCCUGCCCCCCCAUCACCUCUGUAGACAAGUCCUAUGGCAGCUAUGAAGUGGUGGGUGGCUCUUCUGACAGUUAUCUGGUCCCAGGCAUGACCUACAGUGGGGGCAAAAUCUACCCUGUGGGCUACUUCACCAAAGAUAACCCCAUCAAAGGCUCUCCAGGUGUCCCUUCCUUUGCAGCUGGGCCCCCCAUCUCUGAGGGCAAAUACUUCUCCAGCAAUCCCAUCAUCCCCAGCCACAGCUCUUCUAGUUCCAAUGUCUACCAGUCGGGAUCUUCCUCAGCCAUCGUGUUCCAACCAGUGGGCUCUGGUGGGGUCCAGCCCUGUGCAGUUGGCUCUAAGGCGCCCUGCUCCCUCUCAAGUUCUGGAGCCCACAGCAGUUCUAGCAUUUCCAGUAGUUCAUCCUUCCAUCCCUGUGGUGGUGUUUCACAGGGGCCCUGCUCUCCACCUGGCCCUGGCUCCUUCAGCGGCACCUCCAGCUCCCAAGGCAGUGGUAAAAUCAUCCUUCAGCCCUGUGGCAGCAAAUCCAGCUCUUCUGGUCACCCUUGCAUUUCUGUUUCCUCCUCUACAUUGAGUGGGGGUCCCGAUGGCUCUCCCCAACCUGAUCCUUCAGCUGGUGCUAAGCCCUGUGGUCCCAGCAGCUCUGGAAAGCUCCCCUGCCGCUCCAUCCGGGACAUCUUGGCCCAAGUGAAGCCUCUGGGGCCCCAGCUAGCUGACCCUGAAGUUUUCCUACCCCAGGGAGAGUCACUUGACAGUCCAUAAGUUAGCUUUUGCCUACAUGCAUGUGUGGGCACACACACACACACACCAUCUCUCAGUUGGGAGAAGACCAGAGGCCCAGGCAUGGGGUUAGCUGUUUGCCUCCUUCCCAAGAGAGUUGCUCUAUUUCCUCCAUUGCUCCAAUAUGGCAGACUCCCCUUAUCGCCUCUUUUCUUCAACUCUCCAAAUUGUAGACUCCAAAUUCCUUUCCCCAUUCUCUCCUACUGCUUAGAUUCCCCUUAUACUGCAGUGCCCUCUCUGCCAGAUAACCAUUCCCUAAAAUUUCCUCUGUCAUUUAUUUGAGAUGGUACAAUACAUUAGCUAAUCCUACCCAUUCAGAUUUCUGACUGGGAAACCCCUGAAAUGUUCCAUAGUAACUCUGGUUCCUGGAGAAGUCAUCCCCCUUUUUACCUGUUUGCCAAAUAAAGCAAAGUCCAAACUGUUGCUUGAAA